UCCCGCGUUAACUGACAAGCGGCUGAGGUGUUCGCGCUGCACGUUGGAAGCGACCGCUCGUGGCAUCGUGUCCGUUACUUCGGUGUGUCGAGGCGGACUGUGCCGCUGCUCGAGCGCGCGCGUGUGCGCGCCGUCCGUCACAUGCAGCUGCGGCGGGAACGGCGGCCUCGCAGCUCCAGAGUCUUGGGCCAGACAGAGAAAAAGAGGGAGGCAGACAGAACCCUCCCCCCACCCACGGCACCAUGCUGAUCUAAGAUGCGGCGAGCACUGGCUUGGUGAAUUGCACCAGAUGGUGACGGUGGUCGUGGUGGUGGUGGUGAUGAUGAUGAUGAAGGUGGUGAAGAACUUGCAGUACUAGCAAGUGUACAGUUGGUAAUGGGCAUGAUGGACCUCCCCAAUGGCCAGUCCAGCGUCACUACCUUUGGCGCGACUCUUUCUGAGAAGAGCAGUAGCUCCGAGUCCCUGAGCGACAAGGGCUCCUCCGAGCUGAAGAAGAGCUUUGAUGCUGUGGUGUUCGAUGUCUCAAAGGUUACCCCUGAGGAAUAUGCAGGACAGAUCACACUCAUGGAUGCUCCGGUUUUUAAAGCCAUCCAGCCAGAGGAGCUGUCAAGCUGUGGCUGGAACAAGAAGGAGAAGCACAGUUCAUCGCCCAAUGUAGUGGCCUUCACUCGCAGGUUCAACCAGGUCAGCUUCUGGGUGGUCCGAGAAAUCCUCCACGCUCAGACCCUGAAAAUCAGAGCUGAAGUCUUGAGCCUUUAUAUUAAAACGGCAAAGAAACUGUGUGACAUGAACAACCUGCAUGCAGUGAUGGCAGUGGUAUCUGGUUUACAAAGUGCUCCCAUCUACAGGCUGACUAAAACAUGGGCUCUGCUGAGUCGGAAGGACAAGGCCUCCUUCGAGAGACUGGAGUACCUAAUGUCCAAGGAGGACAACUACAAGCGCCUAAGAGACUACAUCAGCAGCCAGAGCAUGACCUCCUGUAUCCCCUACCUGGGGAUGUACCUGUCAGAUCUGACUUACAUUGACUCAGCCUACCCAUCCACCGGCAGCAUUCUGGAGAGCGAGCAACGCUCCAACCUGAUGAACAACAUUUUGCGGAUCAUCUCUGACCUGCAGCGCUCCUGUGAAUAUGAUAUCCCAGUAUUGCCUCACGUCCAGAAGUAUCUGAACUCCGUUCAUUACAUUGAGGAGCUUCAGAAGUUUGUAGAGGAUGACAACUACAAGUUGUCAUUGAAGAUUGAACCUGGUACAAGCACCCCUCGAUCCACAGCCUCCAGGGAGGACCUUGUAGGGCCUGACACCUCCUCUCCCCAGUGUGGCCGGAGGGGCACCUCUGCAGAUGGGGCCCUGGCUAAGAUGCCAGCUACUCCACCUUCACCACGCAACCUAAUUCCAUAUGGACACAGGAAGUGCCACAGCUUGGGAUACAACUUCAUCCAUAAGGUGAACACAACUGAGUUCAAGAGCGCCACCUUUCCCAAUGCUGGCUCCAGACACCUGCUAGAUGACAGUGUCAUGGAGAGCCACACUCCUGCACGGGGCCAAGCAGAGAGCUCCACCCUGUCUAGCGGUAUCUCUCUAGGAAGCAGCGAGGGCUCAGAGCUCAGUGAGGAGAUGUCCUGGCCAGCCUUUGAAAGGAACUGCUUCUAUCACUCCCUGGGUCCCGUAACCAGGGUGGGCCGAAUUCCUUACAGAGGAGCCCAGAGAGCCAGCAGCUCUGUGGAGUCAGAGGAGCUGGCUGUGCAUCUGUACCCAGGGGCCGUGACCAUACAGGGAAUGCUCCGCCGUAAGACCCUGUUAAAGGAAGGCAAGAAGCCCACGGUGGCAUCAUGGACAAAGUACUGGGUGGCACUGUGUGGAACCCAGCUCUUUUACUACCCAGCAAAGUCUCUGAAAGCCACUGAGAGGAAGCAUUUCAAAUCCACCGCCAGCAAGAGCACAUCGGUCGUGGGCUGGAUGUCCAUGAUGACAGAUGACCCUGAGCAUUCGGACGUCUUCCUGCUUACGGAUUCUGAACGAGGAAAUUCUUACAAAUUCCAGGCAGGGAACCGGGCGAACGCUCUGUUGUGGUUUAAACACUUGAGCGCAGCCUGCCAGAGCAACAGGCAGCAGCAGGUUCCUGCCAAUUUGAUGUCCUUUGAGUGAGAGCUGCUGAGUAUGACCACAUUUCACCUGUGGAGUCCAGUGGAUAAUGACAGGAGGAAUGGGGGCUUUGGCUCCACCUCCCACUGCCAUUGGCCGAGCCUCACUGCACCCUGCUGCGCUCCUUCCUUACCCAGCUGCCACCACUGCCUUAAGGAAGGGAGGAGCUGUGCUAUUUGACAACACAGCGUAGCGUGCCACACCUUGGACGCUAUCAGCAACCAGCUACUGGCCUCUGCUGCUGUGUAGCUUCCGUGCUGCUUUACACUGUUUGUUUGUGUUUCCUCAUUAAAAUCAUGGGGACCUCAAAAGCCUGAAAGCAGAGGAUGUAUGACUUAGGACCUUUCCUUGCUUUGUUUCUUCCUAAUUGGACAGUUGAAUCCAGCCUUCCCUUUUUGUGAUUCAGACCACAGGGGGUGAGUUCUCAUUAAUGAGUCAGUCUGUUGUUCCCACUGUUCAACACAGGCACACCAGAUCUAGGAAGGCACAAGUUUCAACAUCUGUGUGAUGCACACCUUUCUCUCCAUGAUGUGACACUGCUUCGUCAGCAAAGAGGUGUUUGAGAAAGGUUGCUGCAGCUCUAGCAGUUUGUGAUUUGGAGUUGAGGACUUCUGCAGCAAAAUGCAAUUGAACAAAGUGUAGAACACUAUUUACAAGCCCUCUUUCUGGGGGAAUUUCUCUCAUUUAACACUCAGCCUAAAGGGCACAUUUUUUUUUUCUUGCUUUUCUUGAAUAUUUGCAGAAUAUUCACCACUCUUUCUUAAUUUUUUUUUUUUUUUGAAGUUAUUCCCACAGGUACGGUCUAGAAAUAGGAAUUAAAAUCCUAUAGGUACAAAAUGUGUGUGGGGUCACAUUUCAUUUUUAUGUUUUAAACACAUUUUCUGCAUGAAUUCCAUUUGCUUUAACUUAUUUUGACCAAACCUCCUGUCUUUACAAUAACCACUUGAGCGCAGUUUUAAGCGCAUCCUUGUACUUUGUGUUGUUUUUAUUUUGCUUGGCGCUCUAAUGGAAUGAAUUGUAACCUGAGCGCCAUUUAUGAUUGCAUUACUGCUUCAACACCUUUUUAAAACUAACCACCUGAGUACAACCCAGAGCACACAGUUGUUGUACCUUUUUGUUUAUUCAUUUUUAUUUUCUAAUAUCAGAUUCAUUUUUGUGUUCUGCUAUUAAUGGGAGUCUGCAGUAUUAAGUAUUUAGUAAUACUGUGCAUGUGUUAGGUUAUUUAACUGUUACAUUUCUUUUGCAAUGAGUGUUUUCUAAACAAUGUUUUUUAUCGUCUGUGAUUUAAUAUAUUUUCAUUAUUUUUGUUUUUGACCAUUAAUAGCGCCGGACUUUUUCAGUUAAUGUGAUUGUAGGCUCUUCCUACAACGGUGAAAGGUAUGUUGGAAUGAAAGAGGUAUGUUGGAAUAUCUUACGGUGGGUUCUGUGAAAUGAAUCAUGUUUUGGGACAGUCGUCCUAGAGGAAAUCAACUGUUGCAUGAAUGAAAAAUCUAAAUGUAUACUUAAAGCCAGCAGACAAAGUGUUGGUCACUUCUCGAUUAUGGAGAAUUUCCACAUGCGCAGGGUACCUUUUAAUGAGUUGCCGAUGGCAUUGAAUUACUGUCAGCCUGUAUUCCUCAGUCUGUAUAUGUUUACACCUAGGACUAACUGUGGUCCCAAGAGCUAACUGAUUUUUGCAGUUUCAUUGGAAGAUGUUGACAGUGCAAACCUGCACAUGUGUUUUUAGUACUGGAAUAAUCAGAAUUCCAUGCUGAGGUGGUAUCUGAAUGUGGAGUCCACAGAACUCUGCUAGAAAUGAUUGAAUUUUCAGCACACUGGGGGGUCACAUUUUGUGUAAGAAUAUCCUUACAUCAUUAUGUGGAUGCUAAUUUAGUAGACAGCAAAAACCCAGAAUGAAGUCAAAUUAUUUUCAUUAUGAAUGACCUUGACCUUUGCUUCAGUGCAUCCACAGAUUUGGGCCCUUGCAAUGAAAAUUACAUAAAUUUUGCAGUUUUGUUUAAUGAAAAUUUUUCUUUCAACAGUUUGGCAGAACCAUGAAAUUCACUGGUUGCUCACAGGGGAGUGGAGAGGGAAAAGGACAGCCUAUGGUUCUAAGGGUUGUGCCAGGUAGCGAGAGCGACCGGUGUGUGAUGUGCAACUGCAGUGGAGCAUUGCUGAGAAAUAGUCUGAACGUGGCCACUAAGGUGGAGUUGUGACCAAAUGGACCCAGAACAAGUUCAGUAUGAACCUUUACUGGUAAAGAGUCUUGUGGUUUUAUGGAGGAACACAUACAUGCAUGCAGGAGUACUUAUUUUUACAGACCUGUUUUUAACAUCUGCCAUAGACUGGUGUCCUGUCCAGGGAGUAUCCUAACUAGCUUGGCACCCUGUGCUUCUGGGAUAGGCUUUAGACUGCCGUGACCCUGCUUUGGGAUAAGCGAUUAUAGAUAAUGUGAGUUUUUAACAGGGACAUAUUUUUAUUAACACAAAUACCUACGCUUCAACUGAGGGGAAAUAACAUAUUAACAAUUUAGAAAUGAGUAAAUAAGAAAAGAGUUCAUUGUACUUUAUGCCAUUUGUUCAGCUGGUAUUUUCACCUUAUUUAAAGAAGGUGAUUAUACUGUAGCAAAGUCUUAAUAUUUGACCCUUAAAGUGAGUUCUGUCACAUUCUGAAUUGCCUUCAAAAACAUUUUCUUGCUAUUUUGACUAUUACACUGUAAAGCAGUAUGAUAAGCAAUUGAUCUUCUAGUUGUGUGGAAUGAAGUAUGUUAGCUAAUAUGGAUUAGCUGUGAGCAGAAUGAUCAGUCUUCAGACCAUCAUGGUUCCUCUUCUUGCUGCAGUCUCUUCUGUAGUUUUUAAAAUCCUACAUGUGACCCCCUAAACCCCCUGUCCCACUACCACCACUUCAGCACAUUCAGGAAGAGCAUUUUCAUAAACACAUGUAAUUCAAGUGAAGUGACUCCCAAAAUUGAGAAUGGUCUUUAAGAAGGUACAAACCUUUUUGUGAAAAUACACAAAUGUUGUACAUGUAUUCGAUGAUGCUGUUAAUUUUUCACAAGCAUUGUCUUUUUUUUCUUCUUAAUCUUUGUGAAACAAGCUUUUUUGUGAAAUUUAUAUUUUGUAACUAGAUCUAACGUUUAUAUAUACACUGAUGCACAACGAUCCUGUGUGUAUUGAUAGGGUGAGGUUGCUGUUCAUGGCUUCCUUGCUCCUUGACAUGGAUGGUUGAGCCAAUGGCCCUGUGCUGAGCCUGAGGGGAGCAUGUGGCAGUAAUGCUGGACUGGGGAGUCAGACUGAUAAUGGCAUUAUCCUGCACUAUUGGCCUGGAAGAUCAAAUAGUCACUUCAGUUGCACUCCUAUUUGUCUGCUGGAGAAGGAAGAGCCUUUGACCAGGCCACAAGGCCCAUGGUAGCACUAUGACCUUUGAACUAAGUGAUGUGCUUCUGGGCUUCAAAACAGAAAACAAUCCUUUUUUUGGUUUUUUUUUUUUUUUUUUUUCCCCUUCUAUUCUUAAGAGGAAUGUUAGGGUAAAUGCUUAUGUAAGUAUGAGUGACUAAGCAAGGGUCUAUUGUGUUUGCACAACUGUUAGCGUUUGAAGACCUUAGGUACAGGCUUAACUAGAA